UUAUCUGCAAUGAGCAUCCUUUGGCUUAUAGCUACUCUGCUACUUCUGCAGUCCUGUGCUCCAGGUGUCUGCAUGCGUCAUGGUAUCGUUGGCGGAGAUGUCUCCAUUCCACACAGCCGACCAUAUAUGGUUUACAUUCGUGACUCGGUAACAAGAAUAUCAUGUGGUGGAUUUUUGAUAAGAGAGGACUUUGUGCUGACAGCCGCCCACUGCAAUUCUAAUCAUCUCCUGGUGUAUUUGGGGGUCAGCAACACACACCAUUUACCUGUUGGUGUGGCAGUGCAUCCCAUUCCACAUCCAAAUUUCAAUAAGAAACAACCAGGUCAUGACAUCAUGCUUCUCAAGCUUCAAACCCCAGCAACUUUGAACAACACCGUGAAAACCAUCGCAUUGCCAAAAACUGAAAAUGAGGAAAUCUCAAAGAACUGCAUGGUCAUUGGUUGGGGCAGUCAGGAUUACAUUAUUAAUUCUCCAUCACGGCUCCUCAAAGAAGUAAACGUGACUCUCUUAGACUCCAAAAACUGUGCCCCAACUGACACCAUAUGCACUGAGGGAAAUUAUGGGCCUACAUUGGGAGACUCUGGGGGACCACUUGUUUGUGGAGAUGUUGUCCACGGCAUUGUAUCUUAUUACGUAAAUGAGUCAUAUAACAUCUAUCGCUCAAGGUACACCCAUAUUGCCCAAUACCUUACAUGGAUUCGUCAAGUCAUGAAGAAUUCUUAUCGGCUACAACAUGAAACAUGGAAGGGGAAGCUGGAUAAACUCAUAUAAUAUGUUUGCUUUCAAUAUUGAGCCAUUUAAUAAUGGGCUGCAUGUCCUCUGCAUUAUAUACAAAUUGCAAAUUUAAAAUAAAGUCUAAAUCAUGCAUUACCCUAAGUCUGUUCAAAUGCAUUUAACAUUUUCUGUGUCAUGCUUAUAUUUACAUAUAAAAUGACUAUGCCGUGUUGGUCUCCACUGGUCUCCAGAUCUGCAAGUGUAGCCUGUGGGUUUACAAAAUCUUUAUGUAUUUAUUUGCAAAGGCUACAAAAGGAUACAUUUGAUCUCAGUAAUCAUAUUACACUGCAAGAUUUAAAAGACUUUGUAUCUAUACACUACCAUGUGCCACUUUAUUAGGUAUACCUUUAUGCUUUACGCUUGUUAUUGCAACAAUCUGAUCAAUCUCUCAGAAAACGAAUGUAUACUUCGCUUUUACACAAUUCUUAUUAACCUAAUGAUUUUCUCUUAAUUUUGUCAUGCGAUUAUUGCAGGUCUUAUCACUAAAGUGUGGUUACGUUUUGAAACAGCAAAAGCUUAGAAGCAAUAAGAAAGGUCUUCCUUUCAAUGGUCUCAAAUCUCAGUGCUGUUGCAUCAGUAAAACUGAUCUAAAAGCAGCAGUGCAAUUUCUAACAUUAUCUUCCUGAUAUGCAUCUCUGGAAUCACUGUAUAAAACACAAAGAUGACUCCUCAGUAGGCCACAGAGCUUGACUGAGCUGAAACUGCAAUGAGCAUCCUUUGGCUUAUAGGUGUUCUGCUACUGCUGCAUUCCUGUGCUACAGGUAAACAAAAACUCCACUUCCUGUAUGCAUGAGACUUCAGUAAUUACAUUAGACGUUUUUUUAGAAAAUGCAUUUCCUUAGAACUGACUGUCAUCAAAAGUAAUGUACUCAUAAUACUAAAUAUACUAUGAAAAGACCAUGAAUUUGUUUUCCCCCAUGCAAAAUAUCUUAUGAGUUUGCUUUUGCUUAUAUUACACAUACACAAUGAGAAGAGCAAAAGGUUUGUAGAUGCUCAGUGUAAAAUGCUUGACUUACAAGAUCAUGCAUCAUGGUAUCAUUGGCGGAGAUGUCUCCAUUCCAUAGAGCCGACCAUAUAUGGUUUACAUUCGUAACUCCAAAACAAAUGAAUUAUGUUACUUUUUUUGGUAAGAGAGGACUUUAUGAUGGCAGCCGCCCAUUGCAAUUAGUGAAAUUAUUUAGAACAUGACCUUUGUCAUCAAAAGCUGCAGUGUUGGGAGGUCACUACAACUAACUGAACAAGAUGCUUAUUUUCAGACAGUCUGCUUCCACAAGUAAAAAUCGACAUUCUUAAACUAUUUUUACACUCAUCGACCACUUUAUUAGGAAUUCCUGUACCUGUAAUAAAAUUAUUGAAUCAGCCAAUCGUGUGGCAGCAGUGUAAUGUAUCUGAUUUUCAAAUUAUUUUUGCUUAUAACGAAUAAUGCUUGGAUUAAACUCAGUGCAGGUUGGUUUGGUUAAUGGCUUAAAACUCUUUUAUGAAGGAUUUUAUAAUAUCCUUAUGGAAAAAUGAAUGGCAAAAAUAGUCUAGGAUUGUAGAUGACUGAAAAAGUGGGUGGGAACUUUUGCGCUAUAUUAAAUGUCUACAUUACGGCAGGGAAAGGUGAAAAUGUGCCGUUUACUGAAACCUAUUCAUUAACAUGCUUAUUUUCACAUAAUCUGCAAUGGCAUUACUUAAAUUGAACUAAUACAUUGAAUAUACUUUUAUUGUACAAGAUGAUACUACAGUAUCAAUUUAGCAAAUUAGUUCUGUAGACCUCACACAGUGGCCUCUAUGAUCCCUAAUAAUUUUGAGUUCUCUUUAGUCAUCUCCUGGUGUAUUUGGGGGUCAGCAACACACACCAUUUACCUGUUAUAUACAAAAUUCAAUAGGAGACAACCAGGUCAUGACAUCAUGCUUCUAAAGGUACCAUAUAAUGUUUAACAUUUAACACAAGCAUUACCUAGUAACAACAGAUUAUAAUUUCACCCCAAUUAAUAAACUGAAAUUAGCUAAAUUUAUUUUAACAUCAGACAAACUCAUUACAGAUGUAGAUCUGCUCAAAAAUAAUUUCCCUUCAGCAACUUUGAACAAGACCAUGAAAACCAUCGCAUUGCCAAAAACUGAAAAUGAGGAAAUCUCAAAGAACUGCAUGGUCAUGGGUUGGGGCUGUCAGGAUUAUAUUAAUUCUACAUCAUGGGUCCUCAAUGGGUAGGUCCUCCUCAGGUCUCCAAGACUCCAUGAACUGUGCCCCAACUGACACCAUAUGCACCGAGGUGUAUUGUGGGCCUUCAUUGGUGUGUAUUUCAUGUGAAACAUCUCAUUUGAUUUAAACAUUUUAGUGUAUUUUGACAAUUAUGGAUAAUCAAGUCCAACUUCUCAUCAAGGAGACUCUGGGGGACCACUUGUUUGUAGAGAUGUUGUAUCUUAUUACAUACUGUUUUCAAACAGCUUCUGCAGUUCAGGGUGCCCUACCAUUGUGUCCUUGAGCAAGGCACUUAACUCCAGGUUGCUCCGGGGGGAUUGU